AUGCUCCACAUUAAUGGUGGAAACCUACGGCGUGGCUGGCUUUCCUUCCGACGAGCUUUAAAUAUAGGCCAGUUGAUGGGAAUUCACAGAGAAUCGAGUGUUGUUCCAGGAGGGAGAGUCAUGUGGCAGCAAAUCGUUCAAGCUGACCGUUACUUAGCACUCCUCCUCGGAUUGCCCCCAGGCUCCGUUGAUGAUGUAUUCAGGCCAGAAGAAACAUUCCAAAAUCCAGAUAUCAACACAAGUGGUCUCUUCUCUAGAAGGCUUAGUAAUAUAGCAAGUCGGAUCAUCGAACGAAAUCAAGCGUUAGGCACCCAUGCCUACGCUACCACGCAGGAAAUCGACGAAAUGCUGGAUAGCCUUGCUAAAGAACUGCCACAAUCUUGGUGGAAUUUUGAGUCAUAUUCUGGAGGUAAUAGGCCAGAAGCAACCGCUGUUUUCUUUCAUCGGGUGAUGAUCCAAAUCUGGUACUUCCAGCUCGAGGCAUUCCUGCAUCUUCCAUUCAUGCUCCGCGCAGCCACAGAACGUCGCUAUGAUUAUAGCAAAUUUAGCUGUUUGAAAGCCUCCCGAGAGAUUAUCCAUAGGUAUCUCUUUUUGAGAAGGCGUGAAAAAAAGUCGUUCUGCUGUAAAGUCCUUGAUUUUGGGGCCCUUACUGCAACAGUAACUCUGCUACUCAAUCUCAUCGAGCAGACACAAGGGAACGAAAACGGACAGAAUUUCCAAAAUGAGAAUGACAGAGCUCUGGUGGAAGCUGUCCUGCGCUUAAUGGAGGAAAUAUCAGUGGACGGGAGAGGUGUGGUAGCUGCGCAAAGCGUGAAUGUUAUCAAAACUCUCCUGGCGGUCAAUCCGACCUCCGGACAAAGUGCAGGGAAUCUUCGACUGACCAUCCCCUACUUUGGUACGAUAAAUAUUGCUCGUACGCAACAGACUCAAAAUCAGGACCAGCCAGCGAAUGCUAUCGUAUCGCAGCCUCAAGAAAGCACCCCAACGGGCGGGCCAGCAACUUCGCAGGCCUAUCAGGGUCUAUCAACCUACUCCCAGAAUCAUGUGAAUCCACCAAUGGUUUCUUUCACCAGUAGUCAGUUUCCACCACCGAUGCCAGAGCAAUCGAUGGAUAACUGGGGAUUGCCGGGUACGGAUACUUUCUUCUUCGAUGGCUUGUUCAAUACAGAUAUUGAAGGGAAUUGGGUCCUUUAG